AUGGCAUCGUUAUUAACUCAUACCCAUCACAUAUUCCAUACCUCCACUUUACCGACGCCAUGUUCUAGAAGUCAAGGAUUGUUGAAAUCUGUAAAACCGCUCCAACUCAAGCGAUCCAGUUUUCCAAGUAUUCGCGUUAAUCAAUCCUUCAUAUGCUGCACAAAGUUAACUCCAUGGGAGCCAUCACCCGUUUCGUACGCUCCUGCUGAUAAUCAAAGUGAUAAUUUCUUGCAGAAUACCACCGAUAUAUUUGAAACCCUUGAAUCUAGUCAAGUGGUUGAGUCACCAACAGCAAAUGCUGAACGGAUUGUGGAGAAAAACGAUCAGCCAGGCCAGGAGCUUCAGUUUAUCAAGUGGCCGAUGUGGCUUCUCGGCCCUGCCGUUCUCCUUGCGACAGGCAUGGUCCCCACGUUAUGGUUACCAAUAUCUUCAAUCUUUCUAGGUUCCAAUAUAGCGAGCUUACUUUCCUUGAUUGGACUCGAUUGCAUCUUUAACCUUGGUGCAACACUUUUUCUCCUCAUGGCCGAUUCAUGCUCGAGACCUAAACAUCCAACGCAAGACUGCAAAAGCAAGGCUCCAUUCAGUUACCAGUUCUGGAACAUUGUUGCUACCUUCACCGGAUUCAUCAUCCCACUUUUUAUGAUGUUUGGAUCUCAAAAGGGCCUUCUCCAACCUCAACUAUCUUCCAUCUCGUUUGCAGUUCUGCUAGGUCCUUAUCUUCUUCUUUUGUCAGUACAGGUUCUGACCGAAGUGUUAACUUGGCAUUGGCAAUCACCAGUCUGGCUCGUUACACCUAUCAUUUAUGAGUCGUACCGUGUCUUACAGCUAAUGAGAGGAUUAAAACUUGGUGUUGAGCUAAGUGCACCGGAAUGGAUGAUGCAUACAAUUAGGGGUCUGGUUUGCUGGUGGGUGCUCAUUCUCGGUCUGCAGCUCAUGAGGGUUGCUUGGUAUGCCGGGUUAACUGCUCGGGCUCGAAAGGAUCAAUCGUCUUCUUCUGAUACUUCUGCUGCUAAUGGUAUUGGUACUAAUUAA